CAGGACUUCAGCCCCACAAUAGUGAGGGGAAAACAGGGAUACCACGAGAAGAAAUGAUCCGAGCUCCCGAUGGAAGGACCACCAGUGGAAAAGCUGGAAGAGACUGGGGCAGAACGAUUGUAGAAAAGGUUGCCACUGCAUCACGCGCGCCUCACCCUUCUGGGUCGGGCAUCUCCAAAUUCCCAAGCCUUAGGGGACCACAACCCUGGAGAAGAUGGGGGUGUCCCUCAGGGGAACCCUAGGGAAAAAGGCAGAGAUGGACCCAGCGGGGGAGGGGGUGUGAAGUCCUAGGGGUCCCCUGGGAGAGAAGAGGGAGUCGGCGAGAAAGCGGCGCGGGCGGCGGUGGGCGACGGAGCCGAGAGGAGGGGCUAGGCGCCGUCGCCCGCCCCCUCCCCUCCCCUCCCCUCGGGUGCGCUCUUUUCCUUUUCCCUCCCGCGCAGGGCACCCGAGCGCAUCCCGCCGAGGCCGGGCCGCUGUAGGGGGAGGCGCCAACACGUCGCGGCUGCGGGCCCCCGACCUAACAGUAACAGGCGACCGAGGAGGCGACGCGGAUGUGGCCCGGGCCUGCGAUGAGAAUUUAUGUGUUUCAGUCACAUUGACCUUACCCUAGAAGACAACUUCACAAGGAUCUAGAAAGAACCAGGAUUAAAGAUGAGUGAAUACUGGGCUCCAGAAAUUUAAAACAGGGACUGCACAGAACUGGGUCCACAUGGAAGAAGAUUUUCUCCUUUUGUAUGGAGGACGUGUCAAGAUGCCAGAGAAAGAUGGGGGAGGUGAAGCAGAUAUGAGCAAAGCAGUCAAGCCAGUACGGGCUACUCCGUCGUCUUUGAAAAUGUUAGAUGUGGGAAAGUGGCCAAUUUUCUCCCUUUGUUCUGAGGAAGAACUGCAGUUAGUUCGUCAGGCCUGUGUCUUCGGCAGUGCUGGCAAUGAAGUUUUAUACACCACAGUAAAUGAUGAGAUUUUUGUGCUUGGCACAAACUGCUGUGGCUGUUUGGGAUUGGGUGAUGUCCAGAGCACCAUUGAACCUCGGAGACUGGAUUCUUUAAGUGGCAAAAAAAUCGCCUGCCUCAGCUAUGGGAGUGGCCCGCAUGUUGUCCUUGCAACCACAGAAGGAGAAGUCUUUACCUGGGGUCAUAAUGCUUACAGUCAGCUGGGUAAUGGGACGACUAAUCAUGGUUUAGUUCCCUGUCAUAUCUCUACUAAUUUGUCAAACAAACAAGUCGUUGAAGUUGCCUGUGGAUCUUAUCAUUCAUUGGUGCUAACAUCUGAUGGAGAGGUAUUUGCCUGGGGUUAUAAUAACUCUGGGCAGGUGGGAUCUGGAUCAACAGCUAAUCAGCCAAUCCCUCGAAGAGUCACUGGCUGCUUACAGAAUAAAACAGUUGUGAAUAUAGCCUGUGGGCAGAUGUGCUCAAUGGCAGUGGUGGACACUGGGGAGGUCUAUGUCUGGGGUUACAAUGGAAACGGGCAGCUGGGACUUGGCAGUGGUGGCAACCAGCCAACCCCUUGUAGAAUAGCAGCUUUGCAAGGCAUCCGUGUCCAGCGGGUUGCCUGUGGCUACGCACACACAUUAGUAUUAACAGACGAAGGUCAAGUGUACGCUUGGGGUGCCAAUUCUUACGGCCAGUUGGGCACUGGCAAUAAAAGUAACCAGUCCUAUCCUACUCCUGUCAUUGUGGAAAAGGACAGAAUCAUAGAGAUUGCAGCCUGCCACUCUGCCCACACGUCAGCUGCCAAGACCCAGGGAGGCCACGUGUACAUGUGGGGCCAGUGCCGGGGCCAGUCGGUGACCUUGCCCCACCUCACCCACUUCUCCUCCACCGACGACGUGUUCGCCUGCUUUGCCACCCCUGCCGUCACGUGGCGCCUCCUGUCUGUGGAACCUGACGACCACCUCACAGUGGCUGAGUCCCUGAAGAGGGAAUUCGACAACCCCAACACUGCAGACCUGAAGUUUCUGGUGGAUGGAAAGUACAUUUAUGCACAUAAAGUCCUUCUGAAAAUUAGGUGUGAGCAUUUUCGCUCUUCCUUGGAAGGCAAUGAGGAUGAGAUUGUAGAAAUGAGUGAAUUUUCGUAUCCUGUUUACCGGGCCUUCCUGGAGUACCUGUACACAGACAGCAUCAGCCUGUCCCCCGAGGAGGCAGUAGGAUUGCUAGAUUUGGCUACAUUUUAUAGAGAAAAUCGUUUGAAAAAACUCUGCCAACAGACAAUCAAGCAAGGAAUUUGUGAGGAGAACGCCAUUGCACUGCUCUCAGCUGCCGUGAAGUAUGAUGCUCAGGACUUAGAAGAAUUCUGCUUCAGAUUUUGCGUAAACCAUUUGACUGUAGUGACACAGACGUCAGGCUUUGCAGAAAUGGACCAUGAUCUCUUGAAGAACUUUAUCAGCAAAGCAAGCAGAGUUGGAGCCUUUAAAAACUGAUCCUCAUCUGCAUUUUAAGAUUUUCAUUUUCCCUGAAAAAAGCAGAGGAUAACUUCUUUUUAAUGGUAUUUACAAUGAGUUACAUUUGGCUGAAUACCCAUGUUCUGCUGAAUGGAGGAUGGUGGUCAGUCCUCCCCAUCUUUUGAAAUCCAGUCUUUCUAGAAGGCAUUAAAUGCUCUGAACAGAUAUGACUGAGCUCAAGGGAAGAAAUGUAAAUGUCUUAAUUUACCAUUUCCUCUUUCAAGUUGCCGAGUCGGAGGUGUUUGGUACAUGGGUUCCGGCCCAAUUCCUACAGUCAGCAGGCUGAUGCCGCACAGAGAGCUUGAUGCUCGAUGGGGAAUGCUGUCGUACCACACUUGCAGCAUCCAGCUCAGUGCCUUGCGUAUAGUAGGCACUCACCUUACUAUAAAUCUUGAGCACGCCCUGAGAACAGCUUUACUUGUGGGACACAGGAUGAAGGAAUAAGUUCCACAAAAGACAUUUUAAACAACUGAGACUCGGCGUUCCCGUUGUGGUGCAGUGGUUAACGAAUCUGACUAGGAACCAUGAGGUUGCGGGUUCGGUCCCUGCCCUUGCUCAGUGGGUUAAGGAUCUGGCAUUGCCGUGAGCUGUGGUGUAGGUUGCAGACACGACUCGGAUCCAGCGUUGCUGUGGCUCUGGCGUAGGCCGGUGGCUACAGCUCUGAUUUGACCCCUAGCCUAGGAACCUCCAUAUGCUGCAGGAGCAGCCCAAGAAAUGGCAAAAAGACAAAAGAACAAACAAACAAACAAAAAAAACGGAGACUCAAACACUUCUGGUAAAUCAUUCUGAGAAAUAGUGGCUAAUUUGGAGCAUUAAUUAGAAUUCACAAAAGGCCUUGCCAAUUAAAUUGUUCAAGACCCAAGGGCUCAUUUCAGUUCUCUGCUCUGAGUCAUUAAUUUCUCAUAAGGGAUUAUUGAAUAUGAAGUCCUGUCUUAGAAUGAAUGUUAUUUCUGGGCUCAUCUGCCUUACAUAAUUACAUGUCUUUUGUGUUGAGAUUUCCCUCUAUAAGUAAAAAUGAUUUUGUGUUUUUCUUGUGGUUGACUUUUGUGUGAGUAUAAAAUAGAUCUCUUAACUUGGCAUAGUGUAAUUAUAAAGUACUAGCUGAAAAGGAACUAAUAUUUACAUUUCAUGAGCAGCACUGGUUAAGAAUGAGCUAAAUGUGUACUUUUUAGAUCAAGUUACCCAACUGCUAAUGAGAAACUGGAACAGGAUGUGGGAGGCAGCUCAGUGUCUCCUAUUGUGUAUUGCACAGUAUGAUACCAUGUAAAUAAAACGCUUUUAAAAUUAGAAAAUUUGUUUUGACACUAAACUGUUUGAUAAUAAAGUGCUUAUUUGCUGAUAA